AUGGAAAAAAAAGAGAAUUUUCGUCUGAUCUAUGACACCAAGGGUUGCUUUGCUGUUCAUCGUAUUACACCUGAGGAGGCCAAGUAUAAGUUAUGCAAAGUGAGAAAGAUCUUUGUGGGGACAAAAGGAAUCCCUCAUCUGGUGACCCAUGAUGCUUGCACUAUCUGCUACCCUGAUCCCCUCAUCAAGGUGAAUGACACCAUUCAGAUUGAUUUGGAGACUGGCAAGAUUACUGAUUUCAUCAGAUUUGACACUGGUAACCUGUGCAUGGUGACUGGAGGUGCUAACCUGGGAAGAAUUGGUGUGAUCACUAACCGGGAGAGACAUCCUGGUUCUUUUGAUGUAGUUCAUGUGAAAGAUGCCAACGGCAAUAGCUUUGCCACCCGGCUCUCCAACAUUUUCGUUAUUGGCAAAGGCAACAAACCAUGGAUCUGUCUUCCUCGUGGAAAGGGUAUCUGCCUUACCAUUGCUGAGGAGAGAGACAAGAGACUGGCAACCAAACAGAGCAGUGGAUAAAAU